GUGGCCAUUAACGAAGAGGAUGCGGCGUCGACUGCCAGUUCGAUAUCAGAUCCUUACCCAAAUUUAUUAUUUCGGUGUAAUCGUUGCACACUCACUGCGCAUGAACAUUGUCUGCCUCCAUUAAAUGAAGAUGAUCCACCUGAGCUUAAAAUAGAAAUUUAUCGCGAAAAAUGGAAUUGUCAUUUAUGUGAUCGUUGGAAAUGGGAAAUUGAUAAAAUAUUAACUUUUAGAUACAUUUCGAAUAAAUCUGAAGAACAAUCGUCUGUAUCGAACGAUUUGAUAAAGGAAUCCGAAAUUGAGGCGCUUGUUAAAUUCAAAGAUCGAUCUUAUCUUCCCUUAAAUGAAGAAGAUGUUAUUCCUCGUGAAUGGCUAAAAAUACAUCGUGUUCUUGACGUAGAAUAUUCUAACAAUAAAACUCUGCGAGAUAAAUUAUCCUCCAGAAAGGGUGGAGCAGGCGUAGAAACAAUGAAAAGGGCAUUUAUAAAAUGGAAAGGCCUUAAGUAUAUUGAAUCUACAUGGGAAGACAUAUCUGAAUUGGAUGAAAAGAAGUUUGCUAAAGCCCUAAAAAUUCGCCGCAAAGCUUACAAAAUUGACGUAAUGGAUCGGUUCGUGGAUAGAUCGUUUCAGGAGAUAAAAAAACAACCUGCGUGGCUGUCGAGUAAUCCCAAAUAUAAAAACAAAUUGAUGGAUUAUCAGUUGGAUGAAUUUCAUGGGGACAAAGAAUCUUGCGAGGUUGUUGAAAAAUACGAGAUGUUUCCCGACGAAUCAUCGUUGAAGUGUCACGUGCUGAUAACUACUCCAGAAACCGUCCUUUUUCGCUCUAGAGUCCUUUCAAAAGUUCGUAUGUGGGAAGUAAUGGUUGUCGAUGAAGCGCACAGCCUAAAAGGUGGUGAUGCAGGAAAAGAAUUAGCUGAGCAAUAUCAAGGACUACCUUCUGUCGAGCAAUUGCCAGCAUUGCAUAAGUUGUUGAAAAAUUAUUUUUUGAGACGUACUAAGAGUCAAGUCAAUAUAGAACUUCCUCCAAUGGUCACAAAAGCACGAAAAUGCAAAUCAACCGGAUUUUCUAAUAUAAUGAUGGGCCUACGACAGAUCGUUUGUCACCCAUACAUUAUUAAUCGUGAAGUGGAUAAUGGCGAAGAUCAUGAAAACUAUGAAACCUAUGACGCCGAACGGCGAAAAAAGCUUGUAGAAUCAAGUGGAAAACUCAUUAUCUUGCGAGAUAUGCUAAGAAAAUUACAUAAUACUGGACACCGGGUGCUAAUAUUCUCCCAAUUUGUAGAUAUGUUAUCUAUAUUGGAAGAAUUUUGUGAGGAUGAAGGAUAUUCACACGUGAAACUUGUAAUACGCCAGGAGAAUAUUUCUGCUUUUCAAGCACCUGACAAAGAUAUCUUCAUAUUUUUGUUAACAACACGCGCUGGUGGCGUUGGAUUGAAUUUGAUGGCUGCUGACACGGUGUUUAUAUUCGAUCCGGAUUUUAAUCCGCAUCAAGACAUACAAGCUUUGAGUCGUGUACAUCGGAUUGGUCAAUACAAACCCGUAAAAGUAUUUAGGUUUAUUACUCAAUUUUCAGUAGAAGAACGUAUAGUAGAAAAAGGUAAAAUAAAACUCGCUAAAAACGAGCUUGUUGUAGAGAAAAUGGAUGAUGAAAUUCUCGAUGUCGAAGAGGUCGAUGACAUAAUUCGUUGCGGAGUGCAAGCAUUAUUUAGCGAAGAUGCUAAUGAAAAACCUGUUGGAAUUUAUACCGACGAAGCAAUUGAGAAGCUGUUAGACCGUUCUCAGAUGAAGGCUGUUGAGAAGAAUACGGAGUCCAAAAAUUUGACUGGAUUCGCUUUCGCACGUGUAUGGGACACCGAAAAUCAGGUCAUAAUUGAUGAGAUCAAAACUGCAGAACGGGACGGAGAAGCUAAAACUUCAACCGAUUUCUGGGAUAAGAUUCUAGCACAUGUCGCCAAGCCGUCAACAGUAGCUCCUAUUGAAGAAUCUUCCUCAUCUGAGUCAAGCUCGGAUGAACUAGAUGAGGAUGUUGUGGUUAUUAAUAUGAUCGAAGAUGUUAAAUUAAAAUCUGCAAAAAAUGCUCGAAAGGAAAAAUCAAAAAUCCAAAAUCAAGUGGACAUUAUGGAAAAUGGACAACAAACAACCAUGCAGAAUCAAGUGAACGUUAUGGAAAAUGUACAACAAACGAAAAUCCAGAAUCAAGUGAACAUUAUAGAAAAUAGAAAACCAACAAAAAUCCAGAAUCCAAUAACCAUUCUUCAAAAUGAGCAACGAAUAAAACCCAUUUCAGAAAUCCAGAAUCCAAUAACCAUUCUUCAAAAUGAGCAACGAAUAAAACCCAUUUCAGAAGCUAAUAACACUCAUGUUAGACAACCGUUAACAUACGUUUCAGGUGAAAUGGCCAACUCUUCACAAAAACAAUUAGCUCCGGUUUCAUCUGCUCAACACAACUCACGUUAUAUCGCACCGGCAUAUAAUCAGAAGAAUUCGGAAUCUCCGAUGGCGCUAAACAUACAGCAGCAGCAACAAUAUUAUGCACAAUUGCGUAUGCAGCAAUAUUAUCGUCAAAUGCAGAUGCGUAGACAGGGAUAUAGUGGUUAUCCUGUAGAACCUCAGACGGCUAAUUCGUUAAUGACCAAUAGUUCAGUCAAUUCCAGCAGGCCGGUUGCAGCUCAAAGUGUUCAACCUCAUCUUAUUGCAGUUGAUAACAGCAAUUCACCACAAAAUGCAUAUGAUAUGACUACCACAUAUUUACAAUUUCCUCAGGGAACAAGUCUAAAUUCUCAGGAAUUUUAUUACAGCAAUAAUUCACAUAUUAAUCAAACGUACAUUAAGGACACUAAUAUGAUGAACUAUAACACUACACCAACAAUUAAUAACAUUAAUGCAACUAAUAUUAAUAUUAAUGUAAAUAUUCAACAAAAUAAUGUUGUAAUUCCUAGUCAAGCAAAUGUGAGGAAAUUAACUAAUGCAAGUGGUGAUUUGCAACAGAUUGGCUUACAAGAAACGACGGACGUAGCUUUGGAAAGUGGCAGUAAUGCGCCUAAUUCAAAUAAGACGAUGAUUAAUCACUUUAUGAUGAUAUUCGAUAAAUUACAAAAAAGUCAAGAAGAUGUGACAAAUAGAUUAAUAGCAUUAAUAAGAGUUUAUCGCGAAUUACAAAAGUUAGAAUUCGAC